AUGCCUGAAUACGCGAAGAUGAAGAACGCCGAGCUUGAGGCACUCCUCAAGGAACGCGGUCUCCCGCACGCUGGCAAGAAGGCAGACAUGGUCGACCGUCUCACCAAGGAUGACGAGAAAGCCAGCUCCAGCGCCGCCCCUGCUGACCCGAAACCUGCAGUCAACGCUGAGGACGAGAUCGACUGGGACGAUGAUGAGCCGGCGAAGACUGCGCUUGCCGCAGCUGAGGAAGUCACAACAAACAGAGAAACGGUCGAGAAGGCCGGCGGAGAAGGCCAGCCGCCAAACCCCCAGGCUGUCCCCAACCAGGUAGCUGAUAUCGAUCCCGCGAAGACCGACGAUCUGUCUGUCCAGCCGCCAGCAGAGGGUACCGAAACCACGGCCGAAGAGAAGAAGGAGCCCGCUCCUAGCUACGCGCAAGGGCUCGCAGCCACAAGCAUCGACGACGAGAUUGAGCGCCGCAAGAAGCGUGCUCUGAAGUUUGGCACCAAGAUCGAAGAUGAUGAAGGACUGAAGAAGUUGGAACGCAUGAAGAAGUUUGGUGAGAAAGGUCAGGUUCAGGGCCUCGAUGAGGCCCUUCCUGAGCGCGAGAGGAAGCGAGGGCGGGAAGACAAAGAUGACGCAGCCGCGAACAAGCGCCGCGACGGAGGCAGGCCUGGUCGCGGUGGUCGGGGAGGUGGCAGGCGUGACAACAGGAACGAGCGCAGCCGCCGAGACAGCAGAAGCCCUCGCCGAGAACGCGCCCCACAAGCCACCACGGGCUACAGCGGAGCUGACAGGGAAGCUGCAGAGGCAAGGAAGGCCAGAUUUGCGAAGCCUGCCGCUUAA